GGUGACGCCCGAAUCAGACGGUCAUGCAGCGUCUACACUUGUGUCUGUUUUUUGAAGGGGAAAUAUUUAGCCGCUGCAGAUUGACAUCAUAAUGGUGGAAGACGUGUCAUUACAGUAGAUAGCGUCUGCUUACUUAGAGCUUUUACAGCUGAUCCAAUCACUACUGGCCGACAGGUUAUCAGCUAAUCUGGGGCCUGAUAGAGCGGCGGCCAUGUGUUACACGUUACGCAAUGAAGAAGACAGGGACAGAGUGACUUCCCGCAGCUAAAACUAGCUAGCCCCGCUGCUAGCCUAGCCUCAUCCACACCAAACGUCCAGGUCUCAUUCCGACGUCGGUCACCAGAGAGCUGACUCCCAACUUGCCGCCUCACAUCCCAGCUGUUGGCAUAUUUAACACUUUCGCUUCGUAGCUCAUUGUCUCCUCUUCCAAUGGCUUUAGUAACGGCGCUGAGGCGGCUCGCUCAGGUUAGUUUACGGGAAUUUUCGCGGAGAAGCACGGCGGUGUCAUGGGGAGCCUUUCACACGGCGGAGCGCAGCUUCACCACAGGAGCACAGCCACUCAGGUCAGACAACAAGGUGACGGUCCACUUCAUUAAUCGAGAUGGGGAAAAGAUCACAGUGAAGGCCUCGCCUGGUGACUCUCUGCUAGAUGUUGUCAUCAACGAAGACCUGGACUUUGAUGGUUUUGGAGCUUGUGAGGGAACCCUGGCGUGCUCCACGUGUCAUCUGAUCUUCGAUGAGGAGAUGUACAAGAAGCUGGGGCCGGUCACAGACGAGGAGAUGGACAUGUUGGACUUAGCUUAUGGCUUGACCGAGACAUCUCGUCUGGGUUGCCAGAUCUGCCUGACGAAGUCUCUGGAGGGCAUGGUGGCCAGAGUUCCAGAGAGCGUCGCAGACAUCCGGCAAACCAAAGACGGCUCUGCUUAAACUGGGAUGCUGCAGGUCAGGAACAUCCACAGAAGAGAGGAUACAACAUGAAUGCACAAUGGUGGGUGUAAAUCAGUGAUGCUGUGGGCUGCCACUGAACUGCCGUGCAGUUUUUUGUUGUUUUUGUUUAAUAAAACCAUUUUUCUAGAGUAAAAAGCGAACUGUAUCCAGCGUUUUUUACAGAAACAUGUCUCUAGUAUAAAAUCAAACAUAUUUGAGUUAUAAACUGCUGUCUAGAUGAGUUAAAUGUCAUAAUCUGGUCUCCUAAUUUUAACAUUAGGUCUAAGAAAUGCUCUAUGUCAUCAUUGCUAAUGUGACCAAAGUUAGUCAUGUCAACUUGCAGUCUUCAAAUAAUGUAAACAAUGUAUUGCCUUAAUAAUAAUUAAGUCCUAGGACACACCGGUGUAUAAAAAGAGAAAUAAAAAAAAAUCAUCUUUCUAACAAA